GCCCAGAACAGUAGGGAACAUGCUGGGCUGGAGGGUGGGCAGGGGUGUGGUGCUGCCUCUUCUUCCUGUCCCUCCCCUAUUGUCAGGAUCCCUUUGUGAUGAGAGGGCACAGCCCUGUGUGACACAGGCCAGGGCCCUCUCUGACUGCUGAAGCAAACUGUCAGGACUCAUUUGUCCAAACAGAACAGUGUGAUUUAGAGGAUGGAGAAGCCUCUUUCCUCUGACAUAUGGCUGAACCCCAGCUUCACCACCUGGACAAUGGAUAUGAUCCUGGCCUUUGUGUGUGGACUGGGGCUCUUUCUCCUCUUACUGCCCUGCCUCCAGGGUAAUCCAUCCUUCCCACCACCAAGGAGAAAGGGAAAACUCAGGAAGCACCUGGAGGUGAAGAAGGAACAGACCAAGAACAGGAAGAAGAGUGGCAUUCUGAAAGGUGAUAGUGAUUGCUGGAAAGUGGAGGAGACUGAAGACCUGCUCUCACUUCUACAAAGGGAAGCUCCAUGUUGACAGCAGCUUUCACCAGCUCUUAAAAGGAGACGACCCAGAUGAGAUGUGCAAACAGAGUCAGCUGGAGUCCACCAGUCACGUACACUGCCUGGGGAGGAUGCUUUGGCCACUGCCUUCCUCCCUUUGGCCUCCCUGACUCCUUUGAGCAAGCGUCCUCUGCUCCUGGCCUCUACUCCCUCACCGGACCUAAUGACUUCCUCAGAUACUGUUGAGUCUCACUCAUCCGUGAGUGCCUCUCAGUCUCCAGAGUCUGUGACUCCUCUAGAACGACGUUCACCUCAGCCACGUGGACUUUCCUCUCCCCCAUCUCAUCCUCCUGAUCCCAUGGCCCACCCUCCAUCUCUGCCAGGCCCCAGCCUGACUCCUCCUCAGUGUGACUCAUGACACUCACUGGGAACCAAUCCAUAGAGCUCCUCUCCACCCAACAACUAUUGGUUGCCUUCUCCUGUUCCACCGCCAUCUAUUCUUCCACUGUCAUCUCCUGUCCCACUGCCAUCUUUGGUCCCAUUGCCUUCUUCUUAGGCUAUAUUUUCUCCACCUAUCCAAGCUCAUCCCUCACCUGGUGUUAGAUGGCUGCCAGAGUCUGGGCCUUUCUAACUCCUCCCACAGUGAAUCCAAGAGAGAUCAUGCUUCCCACCCACCAGGACUCAUUCUGUGCAAAUCACCUACUCUUGCAGUAGAGGCUGAAGGGACCUCUUUCAUCAACUCUGAUGUUCAGAAGCUGCAGGGGAUACUAGUCAGCAAGCGAGCAGAACUGAAAAUUUGUAACUUGAGAUCAAAAGAGGAAUCAGAUGACCCCCUUCAUUCUCUGGGGAGCACUGUAAAGUCAAUGGGCAAUGAGCGGGACACUACCACCCACAGGCAUUCUGGAACACAAAAGAGAAGCCACAGUAGCUUUCCGUUCCUCAGCAGCUUUUUACCCCAAGGUCUUUGAAAACCACUUACAGCAGAAAUGCUGUCAGCUUUUUUGAGGGCCUUAUAAACAGCAAUGCUCUGGUGCCUACUAUAGGGACCCCACUAGGCAUUCCUCCAUCUUAUUCAAUAGACUCUCUAAUUGCAUCCCAGUACAAGUUCACUCUUAGGUACCUACUUGACACUUUCCCCCAGCCCUUGCUCUAUCAUGUUGUCAAACCUCAAACAUUUGACUCCAACCUUAUCCUGGCCUCGGGCCCCACCACUGGCUCAGAUUCAGAACAAGGGCCAUCUCACAUUGUCUCUCCAAAUCCCAUCAGCCAUUCACCUCAAAAUAGUUCCUGUUGCAUUUCGGGCCCUAUAACCCUACAACCCAAGAAGGAAUACAAUGUCCUGUUCUAGAACAUCACCUUUUGAAGAAGCAACUAAAAAGGCCGAGGGCUUUACCCUAUGUGAGCAAAACAUCUCAGGAAAUCUUUUUUUUUCCCCUUGGGAGUGGGGGAGUAACCAGGGCUUGAACCCGGGCACUUGACACCCACGCCACAUCCCCAGCCCUAUUUUGCAUUUUAUUUAGAGAUAGGGUCUCACUGAGUUGCUUAGCACCUUGCCAUUGCUGAGGCUGGCUUUCAGCUUUCAAUUCUCCUGUCUCCGCCUCUUGAGAUUCUGGGAUUAUAGGUGUGUGCCACUGCACCUGGCAGAAAAUCCUUAGCUAACCGACAUCCAGCACAUGGCCUCCCUGAAACCAAGUCCACUGUCAGACUCCCGAGCUGUUUUACCAGCCAUAAGCACCAGAAGAAACUGGAGUAACACCUUUGAGAAGAGGUUCACCCAGCCCUGGUGUGGAGUGUUCCACAAGAUCCAGCUAUCUCCAGACCAGAUGGAACCCACAGUGAAAUUGCCAAGCAGAUAUGGCAAAGGACAAUUAUGGAUCUUUCUAGAGCUCCACAGUCCAGAUGAUAGCAGCCAGAAGGGCAGGAGACCCAAAAAGAGUCCAGGUAUGAAAGUACUCAGGCAAUGAUUUGGGACAUAGUCUGAGCAUCAUCCUAAAAAAGCUUCCCAAUAAAGGUUCUAGAAGUCAUCUCUGAGACAAAGUCAGGAAGGGACUUAAUGAGACCCUCAAGAAGUGACUCAGGAAAUGAUUCACCAAAAGACCCAGACAAGAAGCACAUAGACACCUUGCAGGUAUCAAAAAGAAGGAAGAUUGAGCAGAUUGGUGAGGGCAGGAUCCCUGUGGGCAGUUGUCACUCCAGGCUUGCCAUGUAUCAUGUCUCUUCCUGCCUGAAAACCCACACACUCACAAGGAACCCGUGGAGGGACCAUCCUUGACAGGUGGGGAGACCUGCAGGAACACCUCACGGAGCCCUCCCUCCUGGACGCCGCACUCCUCAGGUGCUGGCAGCACACAUUAGUCUCUGUGUGAGGCACAGGGGCUGCCCUUCAAGGUCCUCAAGCACAGAAAUCUCCCCAAGUUGAGAAAGUCUCCAGCCUCAGCCCUUCCUUUGUUGGCCCCUCCCUCGCCAGCCUUCUGUGGUUCCAGGGCAGAUUCCUCUGUCCACGGUGCCAAGGUCCUGGGAGAACCCACUCAGAAAGGUCUCACCCUGCAGAACCCUCUCCCUGGCCCCUCACUUGAGGGUCUGAGCAGGACUCCAUCUGGUGACAACUGUGGGCCCUCAGAGGUCCUCCAACUGGACAUGGGGGCAACCUGCCCUCUCAGUGCCCCCCUUAGGUUCUUGUGGGCACAACUUGGCAGAGCAAUACCAUCCUGGGGUCUGUGAGGGGCAGCCUGGAGCCAAGUCCAAGCCCAGAACAGGGCAGACAGGAGCCACUGGAGAGAGGGGUGUGGAGAGUCCCCAACUUCAAAGGCCCAAGACAUCGGGGAGAGAGAGAAGGCUCGGGAGGAGCCCUCUGAAGAGGAGUCACCAUGGGAACCAGCAAGAUGUCCAGCUCUCAAGCUGCUCAUGGGAAUCUGGGGAGUUCUGGGACCUCCCCUCCUCGUCUUGAAGUUCCACUUCCCAGGACCCAGAAGACUCCUGCCUGGGAACAGAGGCUGCGCGAGAACCAGCCUCAGAUCUUCAAGACGGUGCCACCGUGUGUUCCUUUGGGACUGUUCUCUUGACGUCUGGCUUCCCAGAAACUCCGUCCACCUUCCUCAACAUAUCCAGCAGCAGUGUCAGCUUCCCAGGGGACACGCCUUCUCCUAAUCAGCAAAAGGAGCAGCCAGGACCUGCAGGAGCCCAAGAUCCCAAACUUGCAGGACCCAUGGAAGGACAAGAGGAACAUGGUUGGUCCCACUGACAAGAGAGAGGGCCGCGUGGGCCCAGGUCAGGAACACAGGAAGGACGGUGUUCAGGAGGGAAGCCCUUCCAUGCUGGUGGGUGUGCCUCCUGCCCAGGUCAAGGAAAUAGGAGACACUGUGGGGACAUGUCCUCUGAGCCUCCCUCCAGAGAAAGGACAGGCUCCUUCAGUGAUGCACUUCAGGAACAGGAUAAGGAACUGUCUAAAGACCAUACUCCCCAAUGAAGGUAAAGGGAAGGCACAUUUUGUGAAAAAAAAACCCCAUCAGCCAUUUCCCAGUGCUGAUGUCAGCAACAAGCACAAAGUUUACAGACAGGGGGCAGCUGAUGCCAGAUACUCAUAACCAUUGUUGCAUGGAUCCUAGAGGAGAAAAUGGGCCUUCAGCAUGCACUUUCUACCUCAAAGGAUAAUUUGCACAAGAAAAACUCCAGAACCUAGCUGAUGGAUACUCCCAUAAGGGCAAUCCACCCAGAGCAAAGAGGACUGAUGUGUAAUUUGGCCUGUGGUCAUCAAGCUGGCCUGAGGACCACAGCCUUCGGACCAAGAAGAGAUGAAUCAGAGACAAGGAGAGCAACCAGGCCCUGCUGCCCAGCUGUCUGCACCACUCACCAGCCCCUGCCAGCACAGGCCUAGGGCAGCAGGUGUCCUGGGCCGCCAUGUCCACAGUCACGGGCACCGCUGUCCUCAGAGAAGUCUGUAGUCUGUGAAUAACAUCAUGUCUCUCACUU